GAGAGAGAGCGAGCGCAUAUGAGGAAGGGAGGGGGUUUGGAGUCAGAGUGAAUGCAGCUUGCACUGCUGUGCUUUGGAAUUACAGCUAUGAACAUUGUCAGGGACUUGAAAAAGAAAGGAAAGCAAAGGAGAAAAAGGACAGAGGGUGGAAGAGAAACGUUACAGAGCCUCUUGAUGCUCGAUGCUGAAGAGUGUGUGUGAGAAGACAGAAGGAAACGAGGAGGCGCACCGGAGGAGCUUCACACGAUCCCCUCAUCUUCAGUUCCUGAGCAGAUCGGCCUGUUGUCCCCCAUCACCGGGGUCGUCAUUGGAACUGCGUCUCACCACAGUGUGCAGUGCUCCAAACAGGCUCUGCUCAGAAUGGCUCCACAGAGCAGGGAUUGUGUUAACCUGAGGAGGACCACUCUCACACAGGGGUCUUAAGCAACGCAAGGCCACGAGACUCCGCUGAGGAAAUUCUCAGUGCGGCGACAGAUGUGACGCUCCUGCGGCUCUGUUUGCUUCCACGGACCUCGGAGCAGCCAUAACUCGAUCCUCCUCCAUCCUAGAGGUGCCAUUCCGAGGAUAGAGGGAGUGUCUGUGCCAAAACUCAUUCCUGAACUCCUGAAGGGAGGAGCCGUGGGAAUUGGAGGCAUAGCUGGAUUGAUGAGUGUGCUGGAGAACAGAGCGUGAGCCGCUCUCCACAUCUCCACCCGAGCGCUGGGCUCCUUAAUCAGUUCAUCCUCCCAGACACUUGAGCUCAACUUAUUCUGGAGAAUUUUGGCUCUGAGACUUCAAAUCUUCCACUAUAUGUUUUUAAUCUAUUCCAGUUUCUUAGCUCAAGUCAGUGCUCCCCUUCAUCAAAUGUGGCAGGUGGGCCAGAGAAACGAUUCUCUGUGAAACUAAAAGCAAUAACGUGUAAGGUAGAGUGAGGUGGCAGUGGAAAGCAGGGUAAAAGUGCUGACUGGGUUUGAGUGUUUAUGUGCGUGUAUGCAAGGCCCGUGCAGCAAUGGAUGAGGGUUUGUGCCGAGUGCUGACAGCAACGGGCAGCUAGACGCCAAUGUAUAUCCCAAGCCGUUCUGUGUGCGCAAGCGAGUGCGCUAGUGUGCGAAUGUGCAUGUGGGAGCAUGUGAUUGUCUUUUGGAGUGCAGAAUUCUGAGAAUUGGCCAUUAUUACCGCUCCCUCCUAUUUUUGUGUUGGAGCCGGGAGGGUCAACAUUAACUGCGCGCUCGAGAGAGAGGGACGAUUGCAGCAAAAAAAAAUAAAAAUAACAGUGACACUUCAGUUUUCUCUCACCGUAUUUUUGGUGCCCAUUGGUGGGAUUCUUUGUCCUCCGAGUGCUUGAGCUUUGUAAAAAAAAAACUACUUUUGUCCCAUCAAAAUGGAUUAUUAUAAGAAUCACAGCUUGUGAGGGGCUCUCAGAUGGAUCAUUUCUAGCUGGAAUACCUUCUCCUUUGAGACUCUCCACACCACUCCAUUUCUGUGACUUUCAACCUGUCAUCCUAGAAGACGUGUUGCGAUUCCCCGGAGGACUGCGUUCACUUGUUACCACAGAAAUCCAUGGCAUCCUGUUCCUGACAAGGUCCGCUUCAUUCUAGCAUCUGUACUCUCCGCUGAUCUGCCGGGCCCGUUUCAAAGCGAAGCAUUAGAUACAUUAAACCCUCGUGUUCAUAACGAAGCUGCCGCAGCGAGAUGCUUCUGUAGGAGGAAGCUUUAAAAUUGGGGUGCUAUAGGCAGCAGAAGGCAUCUCCAUGAGGAGCGGUAGAAGAUGCCGGAACUGCCAGCGCUCCUGCUGUCGAUUUACUUCCGCUUCCUGUUAGUCACCGUGGUUACCAUGCCGCCUUCUUCCCUGAGCCAGACCCCCAUUCUGUCAUCCGUACGGAUGGCGGCAAUUUUGGAUGACAGCUCUGUCUGUGGGCGUGGGGAGCGGUUAGCUUUAGCGUUAGCACGCGAGAACAUCAACAGUGUGAUGGAGGGCCCGGCUCGCGCUCGCGUGGAGGUCGACAUAUUUGAACUCCAGAAAGACUCUCAGUAUGAGACUACAGAUACUAUGUGCCAGAUUCUACCGAAGGGCGUGGUCUCCGUGAUUGGCCCCGCCUCCAGCCCUGCCUCUGGCUCCAUAGUCAGUCACAUCUGUGGGGAAAAGGAGAUUCCGCAUGUCAAAAUCGGUCCGGAAGAGACCCCGCGUCUCCCUUACCUGCGCUUUGCGUCUGUGACUCUGUAUCCUAGCAAUGAGGAUCUCAGCCUUGCCAUCGGAGCCAUCCUACGCUCCUUCAGCUACCCAUCGGCUAGUCUGGUCUGCGCUAAGGCCGAAUGUCUGCUGAGACUGGAGGAGCUGAUAAGGCGAUUUCUGAUCUCGCGAGAGACGCUGUCAAUCAGGAUGCUGGAUGACAACCUUGACCCCACGCCUUUACUGAAAGAGAUUCGCGAUGACAAAAUAGCUACAAUAAUUAUUGAUGCUAAUGCAUCUAUAUCUUACCUUAUACUGAAAAAGGCAUCAGAGUUGGGAAUGACAUCAGCGUUUUACAAGUACAUCCUCACAACUAUGGACUUCCCGCUGCUAUGGUUGGACGAUAUAGUGGAUGAGCAGUCAAACAUUGUGGGCUUCUCAAUGUUUAACACCACCCACCCAUUUUACCUGGAGUUUAUCAGGAGCCUUAACCUUUCUUGGAGAGAGGGCUGUGACAUUAACCCAUACCCCGGACCAGCGUUGUCGUCGGCCCUGCUGUUUGAUGCGGUCCAUGUGGUGGUGAGUGCAGUGCAAGAACUCAACCGGAGUCAGGAGAUUGGCGUCAAACCUCUCAGCUGCACCUCUCCUCAGAUCUGGCAACACGGAACCAGCCUCAUGAACUACCUGCGUAUGGUGGAGUAUGAUGGUUUGACAGGUCGAGUUGAGUUCAACAGUAAAGGCCAGAGGACCAAUUACACCCUCCACAUCCUGGAGAAGCACAGGGGAGGCCACAAAGAGAUUGGGAUCUGGUUCUCUAAUAACACUCUGCUGAUGAACUCCACCAGUCUGGAUAUCAACGUGUCUGAGACUCUGGCUAACAAGAGCCUCAUCAUCACCACUAUACUGGAGAACCCGUACGUGAUGAGAAAGGUGAAUUACCAGGAGUUUGAGGGGAACGAGCAGUAUGAAGGUUUUUGCGUGGACAUGUUGAGGGAGCUGGCUGAUAUCCUAAAGUUCACUUUUCGCAUCAAACUGGUGGACGAUGGCCUGUACGGAGCACCUGAACCCAACGGCUCAUGGACAGGAAUGGUGGGAGAGCUGAUCAACAGGAAAGCUGAUUUGGCUGUUGCAGCUUUUACCAUCACAUCCGAGAGAGAGAAGGUCAUUGACUUCUCUAAACCCUUUAUGACGCUGGGCAUCAGUAUUCUCUACAGAGUCCAUAUAGGCAGGAAGCCAGGUUAUUUCUCCUUCCUGGAUCCUUUCUCACCGGCUGUUUGGCUCUUCAUGCUGCUGGCUUACCUCGCUGUCAGCUGUGUGCUUUUUCUUUCUGCUAGGUUGAGUCCGUAUGAAUGGUAUAACCCUCACCCGUGUCUGCGUGAGCGCAGAGACCUGUUGGAAAAUCAGUACACACUAGGAAACAGCCUGUGGUUUCCUGUGGGGGGCUUCAUGCAGCAGGGGUCAGAGAUCAUGCCUCGGGCCCUCUCUACACGCUGCGUCAGUGGGGUCUGGUGGGCUUUCACUCUCAUAAUAAUCUCCUCAUACACUGCGAACCUGGCUGCGUUUCUCACAGUGCAGAGAAUGGAAGUGCCAAUCGAAUCGCCCGAUGACCUGGCCGAUCAAACCAAUAUCCAGUACGGCACCAUUCAUGGAGGAAGCACCAUGACCUUUUUUAUGAACUCACGUUAUCAGACGUAUCAGCGGAUGUGGAACUACAUGUAUUCUAAGCAGCCCAGUGUUUUUGUGAAGAGCACAGAGGAGGGCAUCGCACGAGUCGUAAACUCUAAAUACGCCUUCCUGCUUGAGAGCACCAUGAACGAGUACCACCGCAGCCUCAACUGCAACCUCACCCAGAUCGGAGGCCUUCUGGACACCAAGGGUUAUGGAAUCGGCAUGCCUCUCGGUUCUCCUUUCAGAGAUGAGAUAAGUCUGGCAGUUCUGCAGUUGCAGGAGAAUAACAGGUUGGAGAUCCUGAAGAGAAGAUGGUGGGAGGGAGGGCAGUGUCCCAAAGAAGAAGACCACCGCGCCAAAGGUCUUGGGAUGGAGAACAUUGGCGGUAUAUUUGUGGUGUUAAUCUGUGGCCUGAUUAUUGCUGUGUUUGUGGCUGUGAUGGAGUUUGUGUGGUCAACACGUCGAUCAGCUGAAACAGACGAGGUACGGCCUCUCUCCUGCGACCGCCAAUAUCACAGUCACACUACAGUGUCUGUGUGUCAGGAGAUGCUGACUGAGUUCCGUAAUGCCGUUUCCUGCAAGAAAAGUUCUCGUCUUCGCCGCCGCCGUCCCCUGUCCAGCUCUCUGGCCCUUCGACACCCCACCCGCAUCACUUUAGGGGCCCCCCGGCCCCUGCGCCUUGUCCGAGAGAUGCGCCUUAGCAACGGAAAGCUCUACAGCGGUACUGGACCCCUGACAGGAAGUUCAGGACCAGGAGGAGGCCCCUCAGACAUGGGCCCUGGCCCCCAGCGACUCCUGGAGGACCCGUUAGGUGCCAAUAGCACCCCUACAGUGGCCCUGGGUCCCCCUGCAGUGACAGUGCCUCUGCCUCGGGGCUGCACUCACGUGCGCAUUUGCCAGGAGUGUCGACGUAUCCAGAGUCUCCGCACAACCUCCUGCACACGUAUCCCUCCCUCCUCGGCACCUCUGCCUCGCCUGGCCCCGCCCCCUCCACACUCAUCUUCCAAUACAGACAGCGAAGGUGGGGGCGGGCCGAGCCCAUGCAGGAUAGGACACUCCCCGCCAGCUAAAGGGUGCACUUUACCACCACCUCAGUCUAGCAACAACACAGAUCUAAUGGGAGAGCAGAAAUGAGAACAGAGAGACUGAGAAAAGGGGGAGACAGGAAUGUGAACAUUUUUGCAAUAUUCGCCCUCUUGUUAAAAAUCACAGACAAAUGCGCUUUCCAUCUUUUAUUUGGUACGAGAGAAUUAUCCUCUUCUUUUGGAUAGCCGUGUGCCACAUCAAUGAUUCUUUUGUACUACUAAACAAUGUACUAUAAAAUUGACUGUGUCUGAAGCAACCUUAAAACGCGAUGGUAAAGAUUUAAGACUGUCGGUCUGAGAAUUUAGAAAUGCAGCAGGCAGCACAGAGAUAUUAAAGAGAUAUUAAACUUCCCUGUGAUUCUGAUCUUCAGGCAGCACACAGACUUCUGCUUGCGAUCAGAGACAGAUGGAGAUACAGACUCUCCUUUCCUUCCCUGACUGAACUCGAUCUUUAUAUUACGAUAGAGUUCACACAGGGGUAUUAGCACAGAGAAGCUCUCUUCUGGACGUCAUUCUCUCAAUGAUACCAUACAGAUCAGAGCCAGACAGCGACAGAAUGACAGCACACAUGUUGAUGGAGGACAAUGAUGCUAUGAAAAACAAUGUUGUUAAUUAAAAAGAUAUUCUAAACAGAUAUUCUUACUUUUCUGUACUAUACUUAUUUUUAAGUUUGCUGUCUGUGUAAUUUAAUUCUGGGGUUGUGAUGUCUGAAUUGGAAAUUAAAAAUAGAGAUACUUUAUUGAUACCGAGAAGAUUGUCUCUGACUGAAUUCUGACUGAAUGUUAUUGGAAAUGAGGAGCUGUGUGUUCAUUAAAUCGUGAGUUUUGGUUUGUCUGCAAGAACUUGAGUCCAUAAACAGUGCUGGAAAUCACAUCACAUACCUCAGCCUAAAUUUUCACACGUGUGCUUGUCUACGUUCACCACAGAUAAGAGAUUUUAGAAACAGAAAGUCAGACAUCUGAUGUUGUGUUUCAGCUUAAAGAUUUUUCUCACACAUCAGUGCUGAAAAUGACUAAUGGAAGAAAGAAGGAAAUAACAGACGUUUCAAAAUGGCAAAUUGAAUAUUUCUAUACAAAUGUGUGUUGCAUAUAAAAUGCUGGAUAUUUACAUUAAUAAUACAUCUUAAGGUGCAGAGGAUAUUUGAAAUGAAUGUAUCAUUGGGUCAAUUUUAGGGGUUGAGGAGCUUUUCCAACAAGAUGAUCUGUAUUAAAACUAUAGACAAAGAAAUCCUUUGAAAUAUAUAUAUAUAUAUAUAUAUAUUUUAUUGUCAACCUUUAUUCUGUGUAUAGACUGGAUUGUUUUUCUGCAUACAAUUUUGUUAUUCUAAAUAAGAUCACUCAAAGCAAACAUCCAUCCCUUUUUAAAAGUGUGUUAAAAGAGAGCUGCCUGUUGUUAAGCCGUGUAUCCAGUUUAGGUGUGUUCUCUCUUAAUUUGUAUACUCUUUGAAUAACAGCUUUUUAAAUCUGUUGGUGAAGAAAUAUUCAACAUCUCUACUCAUCAAAUUAGGCUGCUUACAUUAUCAAUGCAGCUGGAGACGUUUUAACCUAUAUGUAUGUAAUUUGCGUCUAUGAUAAUUGGUGAAUAUACCAAAAGGGAGCCUAACCUCUCCUGCCAGGUUUCUUUUCUCAACACUACUCUGCACAGAAAGGGAACGCUCAAUGGUUCUUCUUUGUCGAGUGGAUUGCACGCUGUGUGUUGUUAACUUCCAUUUCAGCAGACUAAAAUAGCUUUUUUUGCUAAAAGAGCAGCUCACAGUUGGAACGUCUUUUUCAAGAUGUGUCACAAGAUGCCCUUUCACUCAUGUUUCUGGAUGCACUCGACCAGACUCUAUUUCCUGCAAAGGGGUGGAGUGCCGUGCCUCUCCCUAGAUCUAGGGCUCCCCCUGGUAAGAGUAGCUGGGAGAGCACUACUUCUAGCAGUAGCUGGACUGGUCUUACAGUGACAGUGAAUAAUAAAGUGUCCCCCCUUGCUGCCCUACCAUGGGUACAUCAGUGGUUCUGUUGGUGCUGCUGGUUUGGGCUUUGGGAACUUGGGUGAAGCUUCCCAGUCUGUCUCGUUGACUAUUUUGAACCAUCUGACUAGGCUAUGAUCAAUUUGGAUGGCGUCCUCCCAAGUUCAGAGGUGUCCUAUUCACUUCAGUAAAGUCUGUGGAUGCCACUCUCUUGCGAGCAGAGUUCGCAGUCCUACUGGCGAUAGGGGAUCUUCAGGUGUAUCGGGAUUGUUUUGCAGCGAUUGACCUGAAGGAUGCACAAUUUCAAUUCUUCUGCACCACAGGCCAUUCCUGCAGUUUGCGCUCGAAAGACAGACAUAUCAGUACAAGGUUCUACCCUUUGGGCUCUCCCUGUCACCCCAUGUCUUUACGAAGGUUACUGAGGUGGCCCUUGUUUUGUUAAGAGAAAAGGGCAUUCACAUUCAACUAUGUGGAUGUCUGGCUAAUUCAAACUCAGUCUCAGUUAGGCGAAUACAGGGACCUGGUGUUAGAACACCUCAGCCUCUGUGCAAACACGUGCUGGCCCACUUAGACAUCACAGUGACUGUUGCAUACAUCAACCGAAAAGGUGGUCUGGGCUCGUGUCUAAGAAGUAUGGUCUCCUCCUGGGUAUUGGCUCGUGGUGCCUCACUGUCAGCUGCGGGCUAGGCAACUCCUAACACAUUUGCUAGGUUCUAUAGCCUGCAUGUGGAGCUGGUAUCCCCCUGUGUUCACCUCAAAUGGGUAAAAGCGCUGAGAGGCCUGGUUUCAGGUCGGCUUGUUUAACUUCUCCAGAGUGUCCAUACAGUAGACCCUGUUGAGCUUCUCCGUCCCCUCAGCAGCCGGACGUGGUGGAGUGUCUGGCACCAGGUCUCACUCAACGAAUUCUUGAAAACUGGGGCCCAUAUGUAGUUACCUUACAGGAUGCCAUAUGUGUGAUUCCAUUGUACAGUCUUAGAACCGUGUUCCCCGGCAGGUACUCCUUAUCACGUCUUAUUGCCAUAGGUGCUGUAAUGCCGCUGAGAGUCUGGGUCACCUGCUCGGCUCCUCAGUGAAAAAUUUGGAUAUGUGCUGCACCAGCUGCUUAUUUAUACUUUAUAUUGCAACUUGAUGCAAUCAGCUCAAGCCAAUGUGCAUUGAUUUGUUGUAGAUUGGUCUCUCGAAGCAAUAUCACGAUUCCAUGGUCACCAACAUCUCCAUUUCCUUCUUCAAGGAACGAGGUUUACAUACAAAAUCGAGAUAAUACCUCAUUAGCAAAUGUUUUUAUGGGCUGCGAUACAUAAGCCUUCCACUAUAUUGUUGCGGCCUUGACUUGACGUCAUGCAUCAUAGUAAUCACUGAAUACUUGAAAAAUUGAAUUGAAUUGAAUUUUAUUAACAUUUAAUCGCCAUUCUCUCAUUUUUACCUCAAAAUUUUGGGGAAGCUGCAGUACAGCCCUCCCUUGAUGAUCCACCACUGGUUUUAUCAUGACCAAUAUCGUCAAAAGUAAAUGACCACACCUUUUUUAAUUGCAAAAUGGUUUUGGUCUGUUGAGGAAGUACAGGCGUUCCUCUUGUUGAUAGCCAAGAAGCAGAUCCAGCAAGAGCUUUAUGGGGCUGCGCAGAUUGAAAAACAUUUUCAGGACAUCGCUUAUCUCUUGGCAGCACAUGUGUGUAAUUCUACCCACUUAAAGCGAUAGUGGAAACACAAACCAAGCCGAGCCAUGCCAUACCAUGCAGUGGAAAAAUGCCAAAAGAUGAUAAUUAUCUUAACAAUCAGGUCAGUCCUGCUUCCUCAAGGAAGUUUAUCAUUAUAUCAUUCUAUCGCUUAUUUAUCAAUUUCAGUGUGGUACUCGUGAACAGUGAUAGAUUGUUAAUGUGCAUUGUUAAAGAAGCACACACUGCAGAGAGGAACUGCACGGACAAUGCGGAAAGUACCAAAUUGCAUCUUGGUACAGAAAUGUUGUCUUUACUUGAGGUGUGCUAUUUAUAUGCAGAAACUAACUUGGCUUGCUCAUAAGAUCCAAUGGUUUAGAGUUGUGGGGAAUGUGCAUAAGCACGCCAAAGUUAGACAUAGAAACAGUGCCAUUGAAACUUUAAUGUGAUAAUUCACUUUUGCAUCUACUUGAACAAAUAAACAAAUACACAAUAUAAUAUCA